UUCUUGGCCCCAAAAACCUUAGAGACUCACUGUCUAAAGAUAUAGUUACUCUAGAUGGCAUUACCUUAGCCUCUAGCACCACUGUCAGGAAUCUUGGAGUUGUCUUUGAUCAGGAUUUGUCUUUUAACUCCCACAUGAAGCAGACCUCUAGGACUGCCUUCUUUCAUUUAUGUAAUAUUACAAAAAUUUGACACAUACUAUCACAGACAGAUGCAGAAAAACUAAUCCAUGCAUUUGUUACUUCAAGGCUGGAUUACUGCAACUCUUUAUUAUCAGGUUGCCCCAAUAAGUCCCAUUAAAACACUCCAAUUAAUUCAGAACGCUGCAGCACGAGUACUGACAGGAACUAGGAAAAGAGAUCCCAUCUCUUCUGUACUAGCUUCUCUGCACUGGCUCCCUGUAAAAUGUAGAAUAGAAUUUAAAAUCCUCCUCCUCACCUAUAAAGCUCUUCAUGGUCAGAUUAAUAUUGAUUUUAGUUUCACCCAAGAUUUCUAAAAAGUAAAAAAUUACAAGUUAGUGUCUGUAUUGAUUUUGUGCUGUUUUGAUGUGUUCCUCAAGUUCAACUCAUCAUUGGAAAGAUACAAACAGCACAUGACUCUUUGAUUCACAUUAUGAUCCUUUGAGGAUUUGUUAUAUAAACUUAAUAAAAGGCUGAUAUUAUCCUGCAGACAUACAUUGCAAUGGGUUUUUGGAUCCUGUGCAUCAAUCUGGAAAGUCUUUAUUUCAUAUCUUAGUUCUGCUAGACUUUUUUUUGUACAACCAAAUUAUGAUUGCCAAUUUUACAAGGAUGAAAAGCUUCUCCAUCCUUGGAUUUCCUGGACUUUCACCACAGUAUUAUGGACCCGUGUCAGCUCUGCUUUUUGUCAUCUACCUAGCGAUUGCAGUCGGAAAUACUUUCAUUUUAGCGUUUGUUGUCUAUGAGAGGUCCUUGCAAAAACCAACGUAUCUGGUCUUUUGUCACCUGGCAUUGAAUGACUUAACAUUUGGCACUGUGACUCUCCCAAAGAUAAUAUCAAAAUAUUGGUUUGAUGAUAGUGUUGCUUCAUUUUAUGGGUGCUUUACACAGAUGUUCUUUGUUCAUUAUUUAGGAUCAGUGACUUCUUUCAUGUUGUUGGUAAUGGCUCUUGAUCGAUUUAUUGCAAUAUGUAUUCCACUGCGUUAUCCUGUCCUUAUCACAAACAACAUCAUAUCUGUGCUCUGUGGGUUUGCUUGGUUCAUACCUCUGCCUUUGAUGGUAGCUGUCGUACUCCAUGUCCUUACUUUACCUUUCUGUAAAUCAAAUGUCAUUGCUCAGUGCUACUGUGACCACAUUUCUAUAACAAGUCAGGCAUGUGGUGAGGAUGUUAAAAUAGUUGCAGUCACUUCUCUUUGUGUUGCCAUGUUUUGUCUUUUGCUUCCUCUUGCAUUCAUCUUGUUUUCGUACAUUUCCAUUAUUGUGGUUAUUUUGAAAAUGUCCAAUGCUGCAGGACGCAAAAAAACCCUUUCAACUUGUACCCCACAAAUAUUCAUCACAUGUCUUUUUUACCUUCCCAGGUGUUUUGUUUAUGUAGCAAAUACUGUUGGAUUUUCAUUCAGUUUAGAUAUUCGCAUUUUAUUGAUAUUGUUGUACAGUCUUUUUCCUCCUGCUGUUAAUCCAAUCAUAUAUUGUUUCAAGACUCAAGACAUUAAGAAGAUGUUGAUGAAGAGGCUAAAGAAAACUAAAAUUGGAAUAGAGAUAAAACUUUCGUAUUGAUGUGCAGCUGUAAACGAUAAGCCUACAGUAGGAAUUAUCAGCCCUAGUAUGUAACAUUAAAGACAAACCUCACUUUCACAACUCUGACUUCACACUUAGCUGCCAACUUUAAUUGUUGCUUUCCCUCAUACAUUUCCCUUUCCCUAACAUUUCUCAAAAUUUCCUUGUGACUUUUUGUUUCAUUUCCGCACCUUUUAUGUACAGGAAACAGUAACGGCAAAGUGCUAUCUAAUGUCAACUUCCAUCUAGUGUACUGAAAAGUGUCUCCUCUCAGGCAGGGUUUUUUUGGACAAAAUAUGUGAUUUAAAAUAUAUUUACCCAUUUUGUACAGUUAAAUGUAUACUAUGUUGAUACCUUGAGUUCAUAAAUGAAAAUAAUCUGUUCUAAUCAAAAAUUUGAGUAUGGCUUAGCCUCUUUUGGGAAUCUUUUGUCUCUUGUUUUCUUACAUUUCCAUUAAAUGUCCAAUGCUGCAGGGUGCACAAAACCUUUCAACUUGUACCCCACAAAUAUUCAUCACAUUUCUUUUUUACCUUCUGAGAUGUUUUGUUUAUUAAGCUAAUACUGUUGGAUUUUCUUUCAGUUUAAAUGUUUGGAUUGUAUUGAUAUUGUUGUAGUCUUUUCCCUCCUGCUGUUAAUCCAAUCAUAUAUUGUUUCAAGACUCAAGACAUUAAGCAGAUGUUGAUGUAAAAGGCUGCAGAAAACUAAAAUUGGAAUAGAGGUAAAACUUUAAUUCUAAUAACAAACUGAUGAUAAAACUUUGGCUUACAAGAAAUGUGACUGUAUAACAGAAAAUAAUUUUUGUGUAAUGUGUGUUUCAUGAAUGGUAAUUUCAGGUGUCAUUGCUGUUCAAAUACUGCACUAUAUGUCAUACAAUGGAAGUGGUGAGCUAAUAAUACUGUACAUUUUCUGCAUUAUGAUAGAUGCCUCAAAGUAAAAGUAAAGUCUUGUUUUUACUCUCACACAA